CUCCUAAGGCGUGAGUCGAGCCUGCAGGAAAAGCGGAAGCUCCGAACCCCCACCGAUCGCUCAGGCGAGGAUCGCGGAGCGUCAUGGCCGCGGGCAGUGAGGACAGCGCAGCGUCGACUCCAGCGGCCUCUGAUGGUGGUGUCAACAAAAGCCCGAAGUCUGGGGAGGAACUAGGAGUCCAGGUUCCUGUGGUGGAUGUGCAGAGUGACAACUUCAAGGAGAUGUGGCCGUCCCUCCUUCUGGCCAUAAAGACAGCUAGCUUUGUGGCUGUGGACACGGAGCUAAGCGGGCUUGGGGACAGGAAGAGUUUGCUGAACCAGUGCAUCGAAGAACGUUACAAGGCCGUGUGUCAUGCCGCCAGGACCCGUUCUGUGCUCUCUCUAGGGCUUGCCUGCUUCAAGCAGCAGCCAGACAAGAAUCUUGACAGAGCAAACCCCCUCUGUCAGGGUGAACACUCCUACCUGGCCCAGGUUUUCAAUCUCACCCUGCUGUGCAUGGAAGAAUAUGUUAUAGAACCAAAGUCCGUGCAGUUCCUGGUACAGCAUGGCUUCAACUUCAACCAGCAGUAUGCCCAGGGCAUCCCUUACCAUAAGGGCAAUGACAAGGGUGAUGAGAGUCAGAGCCAGUCAGUGCGGACGCUGUUCCUGGAGCUGAUCCGCGCCCGCCGGCCCCUGGUGCUGCAUAACGGCCUUAUAGACUUGGUGUUCCUGUACCAGAACUUCUACGCACACUUGCCCGAGAGCCUGGGGACCUUCACUGCAGACCUGUGUGAGAUGUUCCCUGCAGGCAUUUAUGACACCAAAUAUGCAGCUGAGUUUCAUGCCCGCUUCAUGGCCUCCUACUUAGAAUAUGCCUUCCGGAAAUGUGAGCGUGAAAAUGGGAAGCAGCGGGCAGCCGGCAGCCCACACCUCACCCUGGAGUUCUGCCGCUAUCCUCCUAGCAUGAGGACCCACAUUGACUACCGCUGCUGCAUGCCCCCUGCCACCCACCGUCCUCAUCCCAACAGUGUUUGUGACAACUUCUCGGCCUAUGGCUGGUGCCCCUUGGGACCACAGUGUCCUCGGUCCCAUGAUAUCGACCUCAUCAUCGACACUGAUGAGGCAGUGCUGGAGGACAAGCGGCGAAGGCGGCGGCGUAAGGAAAAGCGGAGGAGGGCUUUGUUGAGCAUGCCUGGGACUCAGCCUUCCAGGGAAGCUGAGGGUUGUCCUCCCACCAAGCAGGCCUGCGGAGACAGCCUCAAGACUGAGGAGAUGGAGCAGAAAGUGACUGACGGUGAAACCAAGGACCAUCCUGGCUCUCAGCAAGGUCAGGGAAAUGACUUGGAGAUGGCGCCUCAGCCACUAAAGCCUGAAACAGCUGACACGGCUCCUGCAGAAGAGCCAGGGAGCCAGGCCAGUCCUACUCGAGUGCCUGGGGACGGUCUGCACCGGGCUGGCUUUGACGCCUUUAUGACAGGUUACGUGAUGGCCUAUGUGGGAGUGAGCCAGGGGCCCCAGGCCUGCAGCUCUGGACUCUGGCUACCUGAAUGUCACAACAAGGUCUAUCUGAGUGGGAAAGCUGUCCCCCUCACAGUGGCUAAGAGCCAGUUCUCCCGAUCCUCCAAAGCCCACAACCAGAAGAUGAAGCUGGCUUGGGGCAGCAGCUGACCCAACUACUAUUAGCACUCAGCCCAGGAAGGAAACCUGAAAGCGUCAUUUGGGUCUCUAACCUGUGAAUGUCACCCCAACUGCUAGUGUUGGGGUGAGGAGUUCUGUCUGCACCCCCUUAGAUGUUCCUCAACUCAGAGGCUGAGGUACAGGGGAACAAGAAGGCUGACCAGCACCUGCAACACCAACUUUAUUUUUUAAAUCUGAAAGUGUCUUGGGAAAGUUUUACAAAAAAACAGAAAUGAGUUAUGAAAAUA